AUGGAGAAAAUAUUUGGCAGAAACAGGAAAGAGCAACAGGAGCCUGUGAAGGCCCAGGUGACAGGCAAGAUUCCAGCAUGGCUGCAGGGAAUCCUGCUUCGGAAUGGGCCUGGGAUGCACACGGUGGGAGAAACCAGGUACAGCCACUGGUUUGAUGGCCUGGCCUUGCUCCACAGCUUCACGAUUAGAGACAGUGAAGUCUAUUACCGGAGCAAAUACCUGAGAAGUGAUACCUACAUGGCCAAUAUCGAGGCAAACAGGAUUGUGGUGUCAGAGUUUGGAACAAUGGCCUAUCCAGACCCCUGCAAAAACAUCUUUUCCAAAGCUUUUUCCUACUUGUCCCACACCAUCCCAGAUUUCACAGACAACUGCCUUAUUAACAUCAUGAAGUGUGGUGAAGACUUCUAUGCGACCACAGAGACCAACUACAUCAGGAAAAUCAACCCACAGACUCUGGAAACCCUGGAGAAGGUCGAUUAUCGUAAAUACGUGGCUGUGAAUCUGGCAACAUCACAUCCUCAUUAUGAUGCAGCUGGCAAUGUCCUCAACAUGGGCACUUCCAUUGUGGACAAGGGGAAGACGAAAUACGUGGUAUUCAGGAUCCCUGCCACAACACCAGAGGACAAGAAGAGGAAGAGCUCCCUGAAGCGAACAGAGGUGGUGUGCUCCAUCCCCUCCCGCUCCCUGCUGUCACCGAGCUACUACCACAGCUUCGGCCUUACCCAGAACUACCUCCUUUUCCUCGAGCAACCCUUCAAGUUGGAUAUUCUCAAGAUGGCAACUGCAUACAUCCGAGGGGUGAGCUGGGCAUCCUGCCUGACCUUUCACAAGGAGGACAAGACUCACAUCCACAUCAUUGACCUGAGGACUAGGAAACCUGUGGUGAGCCAGUAUUACACCGACGCCAUGGUCGUCUUCCAUCACAUCAAUGCCUACGAGGAGGACGACUGCAUAGUGUUUGACGUCAUCGCCUAUAAGGACAGCAGCCUCUACGAGCUCUUCUACUUGGCCAACCUGAACCAGGACUUCGCUGAGAACUCCAGGCUGACCUCCACACCCACUCUCAAGAGGUUCGCUGUGCCACUCCAUGUCGACAAGGAUGCGGAGGUGGGCUCAAAUUUAAUCAAACUGGCGUCUACCACAGCAACAGCCCUGAAGGAAAAAGACGACGUAGUCUACUGCCAGCCAGAAUUGCUUUAUGAAGGCUUAGAGCUACCUCGGAUCAACUACGCUCACAACGGGAAAUCAUACCGAUAUGUCUUUGCUGCUGAAGUUCAGUGGAGUCCCAUCCCCUCCAAGAUACUGAAAUUCGAUGUCAUCACAAAGACGUCCUUAAAAUGGGGAGAGGAGCACUGCUGGCCGGCGGAGCCCCUGUUCGUGCCCACACCCGGCGCUGUGGACGAGGAUGACGGAGUUAUCUUAUCUGUCAUUGUCUCCACCGAUCCCCAGAAAUCACCUUUCCUACUUAUUCUGGAUGCUAAAACUUUCACAGAAUUGGCUCGUGCCUCUGUCAAGGUGGACAUGCAUCUGGAUCUACAUGGGUUAUUCAUCCCAGACUCAAGGGAGCUGGCCCCCAGCGAGGAACCCCGGGCUGAAGCUCCAGACCCCACUGAGCCUCCCCAGUGCUGA